AUGUCGGCGAAAGGCCCGGACCUGAAGCGCUACAUGGAGAAGAAGCUGCUGAUCCGCUUGGUGGGGAAGAGAAAGCUCACCGGUUACUUGCGAGGCUACGAUCAAUUUAUGAACCUUGUGGUGGAGGACGCCGUCGAACUCAUUUCCCUCACGGAGAAGACGCCGAUCGGCACCGUCGUGAUCCGCGGCAACUCCGUCGAGAACUUUGAGCUCCAGGAGAGCGAGGCCGUUAUUGAUAGAGCGACUGGUGCUGUAGUGGGCUAAACGAUGGAGGUUAUCAGUAUAAACGUGGCCGGGAAAUGCCUCGAGCUCGGCGCGCAGCCGUCCUACGGCGCGUUCAACGAACUUUGUCAAGGUGAGGACCGGACGGGGCUCCGGUUGUGGGCCGCGCCGGCGCGACGUGUCGUGCGGUUCCUCGAGAGUGCGCCGUCGUUAGUGCGUGGCAAGCGCGUCGUCGAGCUCGGCUGCGGCGCCCACGCGGCGCUCGCGCGCGCCUCCGUGUUACUCGGCGCGAAAAGCGCGCUCGCGACGGACGGCUCUUCACAUAUAGUGGAGCUGGCGUCCGCGCACGGCGCCGCGGCUCAAUUGCGCUUCGGCGAGCCUUGUGUUGAUGCGCCGAGUGGUACUGCCGAUUUAGUAGUGGGCUCGGAGCUGCUCUACUACAACACCAAUCUAGAUGCGCUCGUGGCGACCAUCGCCGACCAGCUUUCGGAAGACGGCGUGUGCGUGCUCUGCGUCGUUCACCGUAUUUACGGCGGCGCGGCGGCUUUGAUGAAGAGCGCCGCGUCGCACGGCCUGUUGGUGUUUGAUAUGCCUGCGAACGACGACACAGACGUCGUCGACGCGUCGCGCCUGCACGUCCUGUGCCGCGCCGGCCGCGUGGAGUCCCUGUUUGAUUCCGUGCCGGCGCUCGUGCCCGUCGUGUCCGACGACUCGGACGACGACGACGAGGCCGCGUUCCUCGCGGCGGCGAGCGGCGCCCUGGACGAGUGA